GCCUGACGCGGUCUAGCUGCGAGCCAUGAGCCCGUUCCUCUCGUGCUAGCUUCAGCCGGGCUGUUCAACCACAAGAAGAGGCUUUUUAUCAGUGUAACCCGGGUCCACAGUCACAAUGCCGUCCGAUUUAGCCAAGAAGAAGGCAGCAAAGAAGAAAGAGGCCGCCAAAGCCCGUCAGCGGCCGAAGAAAGCAGAUGAGUUGAACGACGAGGGGGAGAAACCCGAGGAGCAAGAGAACGGUGUGAAUGGUGAAAAUGGUGUUGCUGCGAUAACAAAAGAGCUCGAUGAGUUUGAGCUGAAAAAGACAGAAGCACGUGCCGUAACAGGGGUGCUGGCGUCCCACCCCAACAGCACAGAUGUGCACAUCAGCAGUCUCUCCCUAACCUUCCAUGGGCAAGAGUUGCUCAACGAUACCUGUCUGGAGCUGAAUUCGGGUCGCCGCUAUGGUCUCAUUGGCCUCAAUGGAACAGGUAAAUCCAUGUUGCUCUCGGCUAUUGGCCACAGAGAAGUGCCCAUCCCAGAGCACAUUGACAUCUACCACCUGACACGUGAGAUGGCUCCCAGUGAGAAGACAGCACUUCAGUGCGUCAUGGAGGUCGACGACGAAAGAAUUAAGCUCGAGAAAGAAGCAGAGAGACUUGCUCAUGAAGACGCUGAGUGUGAGAAGCUGAUGGAGCUGUACGAACGACUUGAGGAGCUGGACGCAGAUAAAGCAGAGAUGCGAGCCUGUCGUAUCCUCCACGGUCUCGGCUUCACCAAGGCCAUGCAACAGAAAAAGCUCAAAGACUUCAGUGGUGGAUGGAGAAUGCGUGUUGCUCUCGCUAGAGCGCUGUUUCUCAAACCUUUCAUGCUUCUCUUGGAUGAGCCCACAAACCACCUGGACCUUGAUGCUUGCGUGUGGCUGGAGGAAGAACUGAAAGAAUUCAAACGAAUUUUGGUCUUGAUAUCACACUCUCAAGACUUCCUCAAUGGUGUGUGCACCAACAUCAUGCACUUACACCAGCGUAAGCUGAAGUAUUACACGGGUAACUAUGACCAGUAUAUAAAAACCAGAGAGGAACUGGAGGAGAACCAAAUGAAACGCUUCAACUGGGAACAAGACCAGAUCACUCAUAUGAAGAACUACAUAGCACGGUUUGGUCACGGCUCGGCCAAGCUGGCCCGUCAGGCUCAGAGCAAAGAAAAAACGCUGCAGAAGAUGGUGGCGUCUGGAUUGACUGAACGUGUUGUGAAUGACAAGACGCUGUCGUUUUAUUUUCCAUCUUGUGGAAAGAUCCCUCCUCCAGUCAUCAUGGUUCAGAAUGUCAGCUUCAGAUAUUCAGCUGAUUCGCCAAUUAUUUACAAAAACCUGGAGUUUGGAAUUGACUUGGAUACCCGGGUGGCCCUUGUGGGGCCCAACGGAGCCGGCAAAUCGACUCUCCUGAAGCUGUUAACUGGGGAGGUCCUCCCCACUGAUGGAAUGAUCAGAAAGCACUCCCAUGUCAAGAUUGGUAGAUACCACCAGCAUCUGACCGAGCAGCUUGAACUGGACCUGUCGCCUUUAGAGUACAUGAUGAAGUGCUACCCAGAGAUCAAAGAGAAAGAAGAGAUGAGGAAGAUCAUCGGCCGCUAUGGCCUCACGGGCAAGCAGCAGGUGAGCCCCAUCAGGAACCUUUCAGAUGGUCAGAAAUGUCGUGUCUGCUUUGCCUGGUUGGCCUGGCAGACCCCUCACAUGCUCUUCCUGGAUGAGCCGACCAAUCACUUGGAUAUCGAGACCAUUGAUGCUUUGGCUGAUGCAAUUAAUGACUUUGAAGGGGGGACGAUGCUGGUCAGCCACGAUUUCCGACUCAUUCAGCAGGUAGCUCAGGAGAUCUGGGUUUGUGAAAAUCAGACCAUCACCAAGUGGAAUCGGGACAUCUUGGCUUACAAAGAACAUCUGAAAGCCAAAAUUGACAAGCAUAUAUGAUGAAUCACUCGCAUCGUUACCACACACACGACAGUCUGCAAGCCAUGCAUGCGGCUGAGGCACCGUCUACUACCAAGUCAUCUACUGUCUGGCUUUGUUGGCUUUUCGUUGGCUUAUUCUUGACUAGUUAAAGUACCACAUUGAGACGAGCGUGCACUUAAGCAUAUUUUCAAAGUACAUUCAUUUUACAGCAGUUCAACAGAGGACGAGCUGAUAUGACUAAGUAUGUUUACUUAAGCUCUUAAAGAGCUUUUAUUUUCAUCUUUUAUUUAAUGCUGUUUCUGCAAUAAUGUAAUUGUCUGAACAAACAUGAAUAAACUUUUUUUGCCAGUA